AGUAUAUUAGGUUGUACUUUGUAGUAAGUAAUAUCAAUGUCGUGUCAUAUUCCCGGAGCAAGAGAAAAAUCCAUCUCACAAAUCAUUUUAGUUUCUCUAUCGGGAGUGUGAGAUUACAAGCUUUACAUGAAAGAUGAAUCCAAGUGGCGGUGAGGAGAACAAGUUGGGGAAUGGAGUUGUUGGGAUUCUAGCUGAAACAGUGAACAAAUGGGAGAGACGAACCCCCUUGACACCGUCGCAUUGCGCUCGCCUUUUACAAGGUGGCAAAGACAGAACCGGCAUCUCCCGCAUUGUGGUUCAGCCAUCUGCUAAGCGUAUCCAUCAUGAUGCCUUGUAUGAAGAUGUCGGAUGUGAAAUUUCUGAUGAUUUGUCUGAUUGUGGGCUUAUACUCGGUAUCAAACAACCUGAGCUAGAAAUGAUUCUUCCAGAGAGAGCUUAUGCUUUCUUUUCUCAUGCUCAUAAGGCACAGAAAGAAAACAUGCCUUUGUUGGAUAAAAUUCUUUCUGAGAGAGUGACUUUGUGUGAUUAUGAGCUCAUCGUUGGGGAUCAUGGGAAACGAUUAUUGGCGUUUGGUAUAUAUGCAGGCAGAGCUGGUCUUAUUGACAUCUUACACGGACUUGGACUGAGAUAUCUAAGUCUAGGAUACUCAACGCCUUUCCUCUCGCUCGGGUUAUCCUAUAUGUAUUCCUCCUUGGCUGCAGCAAAAGCCGCUGUGAUUUCUGUAGGUGAAGAAAUUGCAAGCCAAGGACUGCCGUUAGGAAUCUGCCCUCUUGUAUUUGUCUUCACCGGAACAGGAAAUGCUUCUCUUGGGGCGCAAGAAAUUUUCAAGCUUCUUCCUCACACUUUUGUUGAACCAAGCAACCUUCCUGAAUUAUUUGUAAAAGACAAAAGAAUUAGCCAAGAUGGAAAAUCAACAAAGCGAGUCUAUCAAGUGUAUGGUUGUAUCAUUACAAGCCAAGACAUGGUUGAACACAAGAAUCCAUCAAAGUCGUUCGACAAAGCUGACUAUUAUGCACACCCGGAACACUACAAUCCAGUGUUCCACGAAAAGAUAUUCCCGUAUACGUCUGUUCUUGUAAACUGUAUGUACUGGGAGAAGAAGUUUCCCCGUCUUCUGAGCACCAAACAGCUUCAAGAUUUAACAAAAACAAGAUGUCCACUAGUGGGAAUAUGUGAUAUAACUUGUGAUAUCGGUGGCUCCAUUGAAUUUGUUAACCGAGCUACUUUAAUCGAUUCCCCUUUCUUUAGGUUUAAUCCCUCGAACGAUUCAUACUAUGAUGACAUGGAUGGUGAUGGAGUAAUAUGUAUGGCCAUCGAAAUUCUACCAACAGAAUUUGCAAAAGAGGCAUCCCAGCAUUUUGGAGAUAUUCUUUCAGAAUUUGUCGGAAGUUGGGCUUCAAUGACUGAAGUUUCAGAUCUACCAGCACAUCUAAAGAGGGCUUGCAUAAGCUAUAGGGGAGAGUUGACAUCUUUAGACGAACAAACUAAUAUCACCAACGGGGUUUCCAACCAGAGAAUAUACAACAUAUUGGUGGCUUUUGAUGAAGUUAAGGUAUCUCUAAGUGGACUCCAAGGCUUAUUUUGACAACUUUCACGCCAAGGACAAGACAAAUAAGUGAAAAGUGUAAUACUUUCGAGUUUAGAAUCUUAAGCAUUUUCUUUGUUUAUGCAUGCUACUAUAAUACUAUGUAAUGUUUCUCCUAUAAAGAUCAUAAUUUGAAUAAAUGAGAAAUUUAUCU